CCCAGGUCCUUCUUCUGUUGGACUAUUAGAGCAUAUGCUAUUUUGGGGCUCGUUAAUUCACGCCACAUGAGGGCGAAACAGCGCUUCAUUUUCAAUGACGUGACGCGAGGAGCAGUGAGCUGCACCCUGGGAGAACUCUCGGUUUGACUCGUCUUUAUAUAUAAAAUAAUAAUAAAUAAUUCGAAAGCUGUCUUUCUUUUAAUCGCGUGAAAGCUGCACAAGCCAAAGCGCGCACGCCUUUAACCAAGCCUGAAAUGGGAGACAGUGAGUUUUCAGAGCCGAUGGACGAGUCUCAAGCGGACAAAAUUGACAUGUCACUCGAUGAGAUCAUCAAGCUGAAUAAAAAAGAAGAGAAAGCAAACAGGGCAAGAAACAGGCAUGUUACAAAUAGGAAUAAUGUACUGAAGAAACUUAACCAGACACCACAGGCACGAAGAGGCCUCAGACGUGGUUCGCUGCAGUAUCAGGGGCCAAGCAGGUCACGUGGGCUAAACAGGAGCAGAGGUUUAGGGAGACAGAGUGGCCUGAGUCCUCUUAACAGAGCUAAUACUAAGACAGGAGAGCAACAAGUUCAAACCACAGCUUCAGUAAGAGGCUCAUUCCGUGGGAGAGGAAGAGGGAGAGGAAGAGGACCUGGAGGAUUAAGCAGGGGAGCUUUGUCAGCGACAGGGCAGCGAGUUCCUCAGAGAGGUGGAAGACCAUUGGUGUUGGACGGAAGAUUUCCUGCUAUGAGAGGCACUGGCAAAUUGGAAAGAUAUCAGAAAAUAAGAAGUCAGAGAACUACAUCUGCUCCGGGGACAACGUUAACCGUGUCGUUGCCCAAUGCAAAAUCACCACCUGUGACCCAGGCAAGGCCUCAGCGUGGUGGUACAGCGUUGAGGGGCAGGUCAUCUGAGGUAGUGAGCAGAAAGCCAACACCCAAAGGCAUCCCUCUGCACUUCAAUUACAAAGCAACCACCAACCAGACUCGGCUGUCUCUGAACGAGCGUUUCACUGGUUUGAGAAUGAGAGGGCGAGGCCCGAGAUUAAACAGAGAAAGCGGGAAGGGACGGGGAAGAGGAAGAGGAGAGAUUUGUGGAGGAAGGGGUGUGAUAAAAGAAGCACCAGCUAUUACAAGAGGAGGAAGAGGAAGAGCUAGAGGUGGAGCAAGAGGAUCAGGCCGAACCGUCUUUCUCCAGUGAUUCCGAUCACAUGGCCUGAAUGCAGUAAUCUUUCAUUUGCAUGAAGGAUGGGGGGAGGAUUGGGCCCCAAGUAUGGCAUGUGUGUCUUUACAAUCACAACCUGGAGUUUUGCUUUUUUUUUUAAAAAUACCAUGAGAUUAGAGAAGCAUUUUUAUAACCAACAAACCACAGUGUUAAAAGUUGACACUAAUGUAAUGUUUUAAACGUUAAUUUUAAGCCCUGAUUUUUAAAGCUUGUAUUUGGGCUCAUAUUUGAAUGUUCUUAGAAUUGGACAUCAGAUACCAAACCUCAAAAUUCAAAGUGCCUUAACACUUAUUGUAAAUAUGUUUGUUUACAUACUUUGGUUACACCCAAAUAUAAUCUUACAAAAGUGCCAUAUACAAAAUAAAAAAAAAAGAAAUAUGCUGUCUGGUAUGGUUUAGACAUAUCAACCUCCAGCUGAAAUAAACUAUUUUAAAUUAUCAUAAAUGUGUGGGGGUUUUGUAAUAUUGAUACAUGGGGAGUCAACUUUCGUUAAGAUGUUUGAAUGUGUAGGAUGCUAGAAAUCUGACUUGGUGGAUUUACAUUUGAAUAUUUCAGUGUAUGUGCAACAAUACACAACUUACAAAUGUAACAGUGAGCUUCAUGUAGUACAGCUAAUAGUAAUGUGGGCAUGAUUACACUUGGUCACAGUCCUACUAUCUGUGACAUAGUAACCUUGCCUUUCCAUUACUAUCGUUAACAAAAACUAAGACUAGCAAAAUAAUUUCUCUAACUGAAAAGUUUUCAAAAAAAAAGAAAACUAAAUAAAAACUACAAUGCAACAAAAUUCCAGGUAAAAUCAGCUUUGUUUUUAUUUCUUCCCUCAAGACAGUAACGGACGAGUUCCAGAAGGUGGCACUAAUGUAAUUCCAGCUGCUGUAAAACUCAACUUCAUUUACUUUUAAUAAAAAUCAACAUAAUUA